AUGGGAGGAAACAGCUGAUUGUGGUUCAGGAAACUUUUCAAUAGAAGAAAAAGUCCAGGUCUUUGAGCUUUAGUGGCUGUCUCAGGGAUCAGUUUGAAGGACUUUUUUGUGAAUGGUACUAACAAGACUUCUGCCCUCAAGAGUGAGGCCAGGACUUCGGUCUCUGCUGAUCUCAAGCAGGAGGAUGUCCUCCAGCGCACCCGAGGUAAUACUAGAGGAUGUGGGGGACAAAGGCCUGAUUACCCUGAACAGACCGAAGGCCCUCAAUGCCCUCAACCUCAACAUGGUGCGACUCAUCUACCCGAAGCUGAAGGAAUGGGAGAAUACUAAGUCCAUGGUCAUUAUCAAAGGGACAGGAGAAAAGGCCUUCUGUGCCGGUGGAGACGUGCGAUCCAUUGUGGAGGGGAAAACCAAUGGUUCUGAGAUUGGGCCAGAUUUCUUCCGGGAAGAGUACAUGCUCAACUGCCUUAUUGGAACCCUUCAUAUUCCAUACAUUGCUCUAAUUGAUGGUAUCACAAUGGGUGGUGGUGUAGGGUUGUCUGUUCAUGGAAAUUAUCGAGUCGCCACAGAACGAACCCUUUUUGCAAUGCCGGAGACUGCCAUUGGGCUCUUCCCAGAUGUCGGAGGUUCUCAUUUCCUACCUCGACUGGGAGGACGAUUAGGGAUGUAUUUAGCUCUCACAGGUCACAGACUAAAAGGAAGAGAUGUACUGAAAGCAGGUGUUGCCACUCAUGUGUGCGAUGCUGCAAGAAUAGGGCAGUUGGAGGAGACAUUGCUGAAGUUGAACUCUCCAUACCCAGAGGAUAUUACACAAGUCAUUGAGAGCUUCCACAAAGAGUCCACCUUCAGUAAAGAUGUGCCAUUCUCACUACAGCCCAUGCUACCAAAGAUCAAGGCUUGUUACUCUGCUGGUAGUGUUGAGGAGAUCAUUUCAAACCUUGAGAAGGAUGGAUCAGAAUGGGCACAAAAGCAACUGCAGAUCCUGAGCAAAAUGUCCCCUACCUCCUUAAAGGUGACUUUUGAACAGUUAGAACGAGGAGCGCACCUUACCCUCCAGGAGUGCCUUACCAUGGAGUUGCGAAUGGUUUGGCGGUUCUACCAUGAUCAUGACUUCAGUGAAGGUGUAAGAGCACUGCUGAUUGACAAAGACCAGAAUCCCAAGUGGAAACCAGCCACCUUGCAGGAUGUUCCUACCACCGAGACAAUCAACCGAUACUUUGCUCCCCUUCCACCUGAAAAUGAACUUGUUUUUUAAAGAUGGUUUAGUAUCUUAAUGCAACAGUUGGUUAAUUGUCAGUGGGUUGUAGAUAUUCGUGAAGCUUUGGAAAUAGGUAAUGGCAGUGAAAAAGAAGUUACAGUGGUAAUAUAUUUUUUUAACAGCAAUGAGCGGUUUGAAAUCAUACCUGUACAGUAGUGAUUUUAUUGCAGUACCAUAUUUCAUCCUUCUUUCAUGAUGUUAUUUGUAAGAGGAUUGUUGUUUAUGUUGUUUUUAAAUGCGUGAUAUGUCAAGAAAUUUCCAUAAAGAAUUUACUGUAUGCUUGAAUCCUUUUUAACAAAAAAUACAGGUAUGUUUGCCCUGGAUGAAUGGACCGCCAAAAUUAUCCCCCUAAAAAGUGUCUAAAGUAUUCAUAUUCCUUUCUAUUUUUUCUAUCUUGAGCACACAUAAAGAUCUUUGCUAUUUCUUUAGGGUUUGCUCUUUUGAAAAUUCAUUAGAAAUUGAGAAAAUGUUUGUUGGGUUAGUCUCUUUUUUUUUUUUUUAUAUAUAUAACAAUUAUUAUCAUUAAGAAUACUUGAAUUAAUAUGAAAUGUGGUCAAAAGUAAAUAACUGUAUGCAUUGCAAGUCCAUGUUUUAAAUUGUAAAAUGAGUUGUGGUUGUGUGGUGACUGGUAACUGGUUCCUUUUUUUUUUCUCCUGUUUAACAAGUGUAGUUAGCAGUGAUACUGUAGGGUCACAUGUAUGUACAAAUGUUUUCUCAGUUUGUAUUUAAUAUUUGUAGGAUUUAGUCAUUUUGAAAAUCUUCCAAUAGACUGACAAGAUUUCUCAUCUUGUGUUUGUGUGUUGAGUAUCAGUAUUGUGUAAUUAUUCAGUGGUAUAUAAAAUGGUCUUAUUUGGUUCUUCACAAAUUGGAAAAAAAGGCAGAAAGAAAAAUGAAGAAAGAAGAUUGCAGAUUAAAUCAACUUGGCAUUGGUAUUACAUAGUGUAACCUGUAAAAUUGUCUUUUGUUUGUGGUCAUCCUAAAUAAAAUAGAUUUGUCUUUUACAGAAUUUGUUCAUUUAUGUACAUCUGUCACUAAUUUGCCUGUGGCAGCCAAAAAAAAAAGGAAAUGACAUGAAGAAAUAAAAAUAAACAAAU